AUGCUUUCAGCGAACGGUCGCGAAGUUGUUGUUCCAGCGAUUAUGGAUUAUAUUAAUGUCGGACCAUUCAACAGCACAUCUGAAUUUGUGGAAUCCGUUUUGGAAAUUUUGAAGAAGGAGCUUUAUCUGUUUGGGCCAAUUGCCAUGUCUUUUCCUGUCACCGAAGAAUUUUUGCAUUAUGCAAGUGGGAUCUAUAGUCCAUUCCCAGAAGCAGGGUUUGAGGGACGUUUCGUUUUCUGGCAUGUGGUACGGUUGAUUGGUUGGGCUUACGAUCCGGAAGGCCUGUUCCACUGGAUUGCGGUAAACUCGUUUGGGCGACACUGGGGCGAAAAUGGUACGAUCACAGUUAUGAAGAAAAAUCCUGGUUACUAA